ACUGCCUUAACCAAAGGUACGAACACCACGAGCGAAAAGUAGCAGCAAUGGCUUCUCCCUCCACAGGCACGGCCUUCUUGGCCCUCGUCAUCAUCUUCUUGGCUUUGCUAUGUGCGGCCACCACGGCGAACGCGAGGUUCACGGCGAUGCAGUGGACUCCGGCGCACGCCACCUUCUACGGCGACGAGACCGCAGCGGAGACCAUGGGUGGGGCGUGCGGAUAUGGCAACCUGUACGCGACCGGGUACGGCACGGACACGGCGGCGCUGAGCACGACGCUGUUCAAGGACGGGCACGGUUGCGGGACGUGCUACCAGAUCCGGUGCACGGGUUCCCCGUGGUGCUACGCCGGCUCGCCGUCGAUCACGGUGACGGCCACCAACCUGUGCCCGCCCAACUGGGCGCAGGACACCAACAACGGCGGGUGGUGCAACCCGCCGCGCACCCACUUCGACCUCUCCAAGCCGGCCUUCAUGAAGAUGGCGCAGUGGCGCGCCGGGAUCGUGCCCGUCAUGUACCGCCGCGUGCCCUGCGUGCGCAGGGGCGGCCUCCGGUUCGCGCUCCAGGGGAACCCUUACUGGCUGCUGGCGUACGUGAUGAACGUCGGCGGCGCCGGCGACGUCGUCGAGAUGUGGGUGAAGAGCGGCACGUCGUCCUGCGCGUGGAUACGGAUGACCCACAACUGGGGCGCCGCGUACCAGGCGUUCGCGCAGCUCGGCGGCAAGGCGCUCAGCUUCAAGGUCACCUCCUACACCACCCGGCAGACCAUCGUCGCCACCAACGUCGCGCCGGCGAACUGGGGCCUGGGGCUCACGUACCAGGCCCGCGUCAACUUCUCCUGAGAGCGCAGCAGAUCACGUCGAUUUGCAACUGAAGCUGCAGGGGCUGCCAACGCUCUGCUCUGCUUUCGUAGUUUUAUUUCGACAAUCGUAGAGUUAGCACGUGCUUUCGUUCGUAGUUUCAUUACACAUUUGCGCUUGAAGAAUUAGCACGUGUUUGUGCUAGCUGUUGCGCGUUGCCCCCGUCCAUGAGGAGCAGAGGGUUUGACGCGAGCGUUGUUCUUGUAAAAUUGAGCUGUUAUAUACUUUCAAAAGCAAGAUGAGAAUUUUUAAUGUCAAAAUUUUAAAC